AUUACAAUUAAUUUUUUUUUACCUCUUAUUAUUACGGUGAUCCCCUCCUUCAACACACAGGCGGCUCACUAAGGUAAAACAAAAAACAAAAAAAAAUCAAUAGGUAGAAGGCAGGGAAGCAAGAAAAUGGGGAAGAUUCAGCUUGUAGUGUUCAUGUUGGCAGCAAUAGGCUGUUUCUGGAUGGGAUCAGUGUCUGCAAUGGAUCACAUUGUUGGAGGAAGUGCUGGCUGGACUACUCCUCCCAACAAAACUUUCUUUCAGGACUGGGCUUUUCCAAGAACCUUUGGUGUUGGUGAUAGACUUGUUUUCCCAUACAGAUCUGGCUCCGGAACCGUGGUAGUGGUGAACAAGGAAGACUUCGAUAAAUGCACUCAGAAAAAUGUGAUCUACAUGUACUACAAUGGGCCAACCAUCAUCAAGCUCACAACCACAGGAGAGAACUACUACUACAGCGGCGUUGGCAAGCACUGCGAGGCUGGCCAAAAGCUCUACGUCAAGGUUGUCAAUCAGAAGGGCUCAUCUGGCAAAGUCUACCCAUUCAAGCUCGUUUCCAAAGAUACCAAGAUCGCCGCCGCGCCUGAUACCGCCGCUGCCGCCGCACCUGCUAAGUCAUCAGCCAAUGAUGCAGCACCCGCACCUGCUAAGUCAUCAGCCACCGCCAUCCAAAGUGCUGGCAUGGCUUCUGGCUUGUUAACCAUCUUCUUCUCUCUCUUCAUCUAAAGAGUCCCUACGUAUAUCAUGUAAUUAUAUUGAGUUAUAACUAUACCAUGUUUAUGAGAUGAUUAUUUGGGAACUACUGUAUGGAAGUUAAAGUAAAUAAUUCUAAUAAUUUGUUUAAAACCUA